ACUCAUUAUCGUCAUAUGUAACAUAAGUUUGUACAUAUUUGUGCCGCAAAUGAUAAAUGUGAUUCGUGUUUGGGGUAACAUGACUCGAAUGGUGGAAUAUUUUGUCUCUACGAAUUCCAGCUUGAUGGCAAUGUGCAAAUUGAUGGUUACCUGGUAUCAUGGCAAAAAUGAUAACAGAUCAUUUAAAAGUACCUAUGAUCAGAAUAAUUUUUCUCUCAUUUUAUAUCACCUAUAUGAUGACGCAUUUGUAUGCAUAUUGCUAUUCAGCUGAAAAACUUAUGGCAGAGAGCACCAAUAUGGCGUACGGCAUUUUUGAAUGCAAGUGGUACAACCUAUCAUCGAAAGAUGCAAGAGACUUAAUGUUCAUUGUAUAUCGAUCUAAGAUUCCUCUUAAAUUGACAGCUGGAAAAUUCGGCAUCUUUUCAAUAGAGAUGUUUGGAUUAGCUAUCAAAACGGCAAUGGGAUACUUAUCAACAUUGCUAACAAUCAGAGGUUAAAAAAAAUGAUACUAAGAGAUAAUAAUAGCAAACGGAUUUCUUACAACGGAUUAUGGCAUCGAUUUUUGAAUAAUAAAAUAAACAGAUUUGUAUGCACUUGUAACUUUUGAAUUAGAAAAAUGCACAUGCUCCAGUUUAAUUAUUAUUUAAAUAUUAGUCCAGCUUUUCAUCUAACAUUAUCCAACAAUUUAAUCAUAAGAUUUAAGA